CCACCUUCUCUCAUUAUUUAUUUCUUUUUCAUUGAAGAUAAUACGAACAGCUCCACGCCAUCGACGACCGACGAGGAGAGAGAGAGAGAGAACAAGUUGCUGUAAUGAUUCAUGAUUUUGGAUUUUAGAGGACUGUAAUAAAAUUGCGUUGGAGCCCACCGCCAUAGGGGCUCCUCCUCUCCCUCAUACCUCAUACAUACAAAUCGCAUUUACGCACACUGAUGAGUAGAGUAUGUGAGAAGACGAACAAGAAGUAGGAGGGGAGAACCCACAAUCUUUGCAGAGCAAUUAUCACCAAAAAGAUUCAAUUUUUCUUCUCUGAUUUCGUGGUGAAAGAAAGAAUCAAGAAAUGGGUGGGACUGUUGAAGAAGAUGCUUCCACGGCCCCAAAACCCAAGCCCACAAUCCUGGUGCCUCCACGUGCCUCCAUGGAGUUCCUCUUUACUAACGGGUCGGGCCCAUGGUUCAGCCCGGGCCCCAUGACGCUGGUCUCCAGCUUCUUUCCGGAGCAGGGCCCGUUUUCAUUCUCUCAACUUUUGGCAGGAGCCAUGGCUUCCCCCCUCCCGGCGAAGCCCGGUUCUUUGCCGACUAAUGCUUCUGGGAAAGAAGGGAAUUUUUCUAGUGAUGGAAAGAUUAGGCCGACUAAUCUAGUGGUGGCCUCGCCGCAGCCGCCGCUGGAGAGUCUGAGCCCUCUGUUCAUGGUUCCGCCGGGGCUGAGCCCCUCCGGAUUGCUGAAUUCACCUGGUUUUUGUUCUCCACUUCACAGCCCUUUCGGGAUGUCCCACCAGCAGGCCUUAGCGCACGUCACUGCUCAGGCGGCAUUGUCCCAAUCUUUCAUGCAAAUGCAGCAAGCAGAAUUCCAACAUCUCUCGUCUGCCGAUGCUGCCGAACCAUUGGCUAAGCAGUCAUCAUCUGCGCCAACUGAAACGUCAAUGCAGCAGACAAAUCCAUUGGCACCUGAGCCAGAGAGUUCGAAUAUGGAGUCUUCUGAAGUUUCUCAAUCUGAGAAAAAGACCACCUAUGUUGCUGGUGAUAAGCCAGCUAGCGACGGCUAUAACUGGAGAAAAUAUGGGCAGAAGCAUGUCAAGGCAAGUGAAUGUCCUAGGAGCUACUAUAAAUGCACACAUCUCAAUUGUCCUGUCAAGAAGAAGGUUGAACGAUCUUUAGAUGGUCGUAUAACAGAGAUUACAUAUAAAGGACGGCACAACCAUGAUCCUCCUCAGCCAAGUAAAAGGGAUAGAACAAUAAACUCCCAGGUGAACCCUGUUUCCGCCUCACAAGGUCAAACUGAAAACAGUAGGUUAAAUGAGGCUACACCUCUCUGUUCUGAGUCUGCGAAUUUCCAGGCAACCACCCAAUUUGAGCGCCAUCUGACUGCCUCCAGUCAUAAUUGUGAAACGGAAGAUAGUGCAGUAGUAGUAGACAAGGAGAAUGACAACGAACCAAUUGCCAAAAGAAGGAGCAUGGAAACUGGACCGCCCAUUCCAGCUUCGUCCCAUCAAACUGUUUCAGAAUCAAAGAUUGUGUUGCAGACAAGAAGCGAAGUUGACCUUUUGGAUGACGGAUACAGAUGGAGAAAAUACGGGCAGAAAGUGGUUAAGGGGAACCCUUAUCCAAGGAGUUAUUACAGAUGUACAUAUGCUGGCUGCAAUGUCCGCAAACACGUUGAACGAUCUUCAGCAGACCCCAGAUCAGUGAUUACUACAUACGAGGGCAAGCAUAAUCAUGAAAUCCCGACCAGGCGACAUAACAGCCAUGGCAUAGCCAACGCCCCAGCUCAGCAAUACAAGACGGCAUCCCAAAAGCCUUCGCUAAGUAAAGAGAUCGAUUAUGGGAACAAAGACCAAAUUCCAAUGACUCUGCAGCGCAAAGAUGAAGAGAUUGCAGCGUGAUAUCUCUGAAUCAGAAGAAGAGUCAUGAUCAUCUCAACAGGUUGAAAUCUUCAGUCAUACUGUAAGAAUAUAGAAGGGGUACGCUGUUUUUGUAUAUCCCAACAAGUUUAAAUUCCUGUUUCCAUAGUUUACAAGGAUGUAAUAAUGGAAUUAUCCACAAAAGUCCCACGAAACGAAUUAGAAG